CCCUUCCCUGCAUUACACCCUGCAAGCUAUUACUCUGCAAGAGAAAGGCGUCUAACAAUAAGGUUGGGGGAGCAUGAAUAUGUUUCCACUUUUCGAAGUUUUUAUUUGAGUUGUGGUGAUUUCAAGUGCUCUAAAGGUCUCCAUUGCACAGUUGCAGACUUCUGUUAGCAUUGGAGACUCCAGUGAACACGCCGGCAGCCAGCCAGCCUGAGUUGAGUCGGCAGCAGCGUGACAACACCUGCGUCAAAAUGGCCGACAACAGUCCGCUUCUGGUGAAACAGCUGACAGCCGAGGACUUCAACCCGGCGCGCUUCGUGCAGGACGUGACGCAGCAAUGCGUGGGCGGCCUGGAGCUGCGCCAGCAUCGCCAACUGAUUCAGCAGAUCGCUGAGAGCACGAGCAGCGAGCUCAAGAAGAAUGUUUACCGUAACUACCAACAGUUCAUCCACACGGCCAAGGAGAUCCAGUACCUGGAGGGCGAGAUGUACCAGCUGUCGCACCAGCUGACGGAACAGCGCUCGCUGCUGUCCUCGCUGUGCGACGCGCCGCCGGCGACCGCCGCGCUGCAGGCACCGCCGCCGGCCGGCCAGCCGGAGCCGGCGCCGGCGGCGCGCGAGCCCGCGCCGGACGAUCUGGAGGAGCGCCGCCGCCAGCUGCUGCAGCUGAUGGACCGUGUGGAGGGCGCGGCGCACAUCCGCGAAGUGCCCAGCCGCUACCAGGUGUACGAGAGCGACCUGGUCGAGCUCGACCAGGACUCGCACUCGGCCAUCCAGCGUGUGCACGGCUACCUCUUCAACGAUGCGCUGAUGAUGGCCGCCUGGCUGCCGGAUCGGCGCGGCCGCGUGCGCUACAAGUUCGAGGCCAUGUUCGCGCUGGACAGCGUGGCCGUGGUCAACAUGCGCGACGUGGGCAGCCUCAAGUACGCGUUCAAGCUGCUCAUGUUCCCGGACACGCGCGUGUUCCAGUGCGCCUCGCAGCAGAUCAAGGACGAGUGGCUGGACAUCGUCGACCGCACCAAACGCAACAAGAUGGAGGCCGAGCGGCGCCAGCAGUCGGCGCGCCAGAAACGCAGCGGCGCGCCCGCCGCCCCCGCUGCCGCCGCGGCGCCAGACCCAGCCGAGCCGGACCCGUCGCUGGAGAAGCCGAGUGACGCGGCGUCGCCCGACGAGCCGGUCCUCAUCCCCGAGUGGCUGCUGGAGGCGCCCGAGGACUUGGACGUGUUCUUGGCGCAGCGUGAGUUCGAGGCGGCUCUGGCGCUGCUGGGGCGCGCGCGCGAGCAGUUGGCGCCGCUGACGGGCGCCGACGCGCGGCUGGCGCCGUUGCGCGCGCAGCUGACGGGCCGGCGCCAGCAGCUGACGCAGGCGGUGAUGGCUGAGCUGCGCGUGGAGGCGGGCCGUAGCCUGCAGGGCGGACCGCGCGCCACGCGGCGCGCCCUGCUGCUGCUCAUCCGGUUGGGCCACGCUGGCCAGGCGUGCCGCCUCUUCCUGGAGCGGCGCUCCGCCUUGCUGCGCCACGAGCUGAAGCAGGUCAAGAUCUCGAUGAUGACGCAGCUGUUCGUGCACCGGCUGGCGGCCGUCGUGUUCGGCAGCCUGGCCGAGACGACGCGCGAGUUCCUGCGCGCCUUCGCGGCGCACCCGAACUGCUCGUCGGCGCUGGUCGUGUGGGCACGCCAGGAGCUGGGCAACUUCAUGAGCACGUUCAACAAGCAGGUGUUCACGGCCAAGGUGGCGCUGGCCACGCUGGCCGAGUGCGUGUCGUCGAUCCGCUCGCAGGCGGAGCGGCUGCGCGAGGCCGGCCUGGACGUGCGCCAGGAGCUGGAUGCGGCGCUGCUGCGGCCCGUCGAACGCGCCGUGGCCGACGCGCGCCACAAGCAGCUCGAGGCAGUGCGCCUGCGCGCCGCCGAGGACCGCUGGCGGCCAAGCAGCCUGCACAACGCGGCCGGCGUGCAGCGUUUCGCCGCCGAGAUGAAGGGGCUGGGCCUGCUCGGCGCCGAGGCGCUGGUGGACGAGUCGUGCCGCGUGCCGCUGACGGCCAACACACUCCAGUUCUGUCGCUCGUUCCUGGCGCUGGUCGGCGAGCUGGCGCGCCUCAGCGAGGGCGACCUGACGCCGGCCGUGGAGGAGGCGCUGGCGGCCGUGCUGCUGGCACAGCUUCAGCACGGCCAGCAGGCGCUGCGCCACGACAAGUAUCGCCACGAGCGCGCCACCAUCACGGCCAACGGCCGGUUCUUGCUGGAUGAGCUGCUGCGCGCCGCCGAGCUCUGCUACCAGCAGGUGACCGGCCGCGCCUGCCCGCCCAUGGCGUCGCUCCGCACGGAGCGCAGCAAGUUUCCAGACAACUGAGCCCGGCGACGUAUCCCAGGCGACCCAGCCCAACCGCCUCCAAGACGGUGGGGACAUGUUGAGGGUGCCGGUAAGGCACUGAACGCUUCGGGCCGCUGCGAACUGAGCCCAGGAGAUCCAGGACUUGACGCCCCGUGUAGCUGCAGCUUUUGUUGAUGACGCGCCGCGUGUUGGCUCGCAUAGCCGUCUUUCCACCGCGCGGGACGAGAACCGGGGCCUUGCUGAGGCCCCGGAGGUGAGGCCGUGGGCUGCACGAGGGCUGACGCGAGCGCCAUCUGCGCGGCUGGCCAGCUGGACCGCGCGCCGCACCGCCGGGUACAUCGGCGCCGCUUAUCCGUGUAUGCCUCCGAGACGUGGCGUAAUGAGGCUGACACGCUGCGGCGAAGAGCUGGCGGUAGAAAUACGCUGACGCUUCGUACCCAUGACUUGCUUUCUUGUGUUCUGUGUUACAGUAUUCCGUUAUCGUGAUACCAUACUCCUAAAAAACAACGUAACUUGCGUAAUCGAUCGUGUGCUUAAUCGCAGCAUUGCCAAUAAGGAAUAUUUGGGCCCCUGCAACGUUUUGGAGUUUCCUUUCUUUUAAGCGGUCGUGGUUCAUUCAGUACCGUUCUCUGUUGUGGUGGGUGGCGCGUGUUUACCACCCCACCGUGCAAACUAGAGCUCCGAAGGCCGCCAAACAGCGUCUGUCGUGUGAGCGUGUCGUCGGAUUAUCCACAACACCGCUGCCGACCGUCCACGACUGGGCGGUCUCGGUCUCGGCCCGUGUGUCGGGACAGCGGG